AUGCGCCUCUCGACCUCGCUGAUCGCCCUCGGUCUCGCUGCCUCCGCGUCCGCGCGCAUCGCCGGCAGGCAGAACGUCCCUGACUGCCUCCUCACCUGCAUCGCGACUGCCGACACGUCCAGCUGCGACUCCAGCGACACGGCCUGCCUGUGCGGGAACGACACCUUCGUCUCCAGUGUCACGCAGUGCGUUCAGAGCAGCUGCUCGGCGGACGAUGUGCAGGCCUCUCUCCAGGGCGCGCAGGCCGUCUGCGCCGGUGCGGGCGUCACCCUGAGCGACAUCCCCACGGGUAGCGCGUCGGGCAGCGGUAGCGCGAGCGCCACGGCUACAAGCUCGGGCGGCAGCCAGACCACGUCCGGCAGCGCCAGCACAUCGGCCAGCAACUCAGGCAGCUCCUCGGCCAGCCAGACUUCGAGCGCCGACGGCUCCGAGGAAACCGGUGACGAGAACGGUGCCUCUGCGCAUGGCGCGAAUACCUUCGUCGGCCUUGCUGCCGUUGGUCUCGCUGCGUUCGUGCUCUGAGCAUGGGACGCGCCUCUUCUACUUCCUCUCGAGACCUUCACGACCCUGCAUGAACCGUCAAAAACCUUCGUCUUCUCUAUUGCGCUGUAGGCGCCUUUCGGAACCUUGCAAUUCAUUGGCCAUGCGCAGAAGGCUUCUCUGCUGCCC